AUGGAGCCGGCGCCUGGCGCGCCCCCGGGGGACCGCGGCGCCGAGACGCUGCUGGGCGAGUUGGAGCGGCGGGUGCAGGAGGUGGUGAAGGCGAGCUCGUGGUGGGAGCGCCACGGCGUGGACUGCGCCAUCCUCGCGCUCAGCCUCCUCGCCUUGCCUGCCGGGUUCCUGUGCCUACGGUUUGAGAAUGUCCUGGUGUUUGCCGUGGGCAUCACCAUCCUGGGUGUGUGCCACUAUACGCUCACCGUCAAGGGCAGCCACUUGGCCACUCACAGUGCCCUCACUGAGUCCAAACGCUGGAGCAAGAUCUUGAUGCUUUUCUUUGUGGAGGUGUGCACGGCAUUUCCUGCGGAGUUUGGCAAGUUCAGCCACGUCAACAUGCACCAUGGCUACACCAACGUGGUGGGUCUGGGGGACUCCAGCACUUGGAAGCUGCCUUUCCUCAACCGCUACGUAUAUAUGUUCCUCGCACCCCUCUUGAUCCCCAUCUUGACCCCACUGGUGGCUCUUGAGCGGCUGCGGAAGGUGGAGCCGAGGGCGGCGCUGCGGACGCUGGGUCUCAUCUCCCUGGGCCUUUAUUCCCAGUACUGGCUGCUCCUGCACGCGUCAGGCUUCCGCAGCCCCAGCUCGGCGCUGGCCUGCAUGCUGCUCGCCAGGUCCCUGCUGGCCCACCCUUACCUCCAUGUCAACAUCUUCCAGCACAUCGGGCUGCCCAUGUUCUCCCUGGACAAGAAGCCCCGACGGAUUCACAUGAUGAGCCUGGGGGUGUUGAACCUACCCCGGCUGCCGGUGCUGGACUGGGCCUUUGGCCACUCGCUCAUCAGCUGCCAUGUGGAACACCACCUCUUCCCCUGGCUCUCUGACAACAUGUGCCUGAAGGUGAAGCCUCUGGUGUCGCAGUUCCUCCGUGACCAGCGGCUGCCUUACAAUGAGGACUCGUACUGGGCACGAUUCCGGCUGUUCCUCAAUCACUACGAGGAGCUCAUGGUGCAUGCUCCUCCCAUCACCGAGCUGGUGGGGCUGCAGUGA